AUGGAAAAGGUUUUAAAGAGUUUGAACAAAAAUUAUUGGUGGCAAGGAAAAGCAGCAACCCGAGAGAAAUCAGGACGAGGAAGAGCAGGAGGUGGGCAAUUAAUAGGAAUAAAAAAGAAACUGAAGAUGGAGUGGUCAGUAACAGAAUGGGAAUUCGGUUUGCAAAUAGUCAUUAAAAAGGACAAUAAGAUUAAUUAUAUAAUAAUCACAGGAUACAAUAACAAAGCCUCAAACAUUAAGAAAUUCUUGAAAGUUUUAGACGAAAAGCUUGAUGAUCUAGAAGGCACAGAAGCAAAAAUAAUUGUAGCAGGAGAUCUAAACGCCAGAAUAGGUGAAGAGCAAGGCGUAGCAAAUUGUGGGAUGGACGAGGUAAACGAAUGGCCACUUAGGAAGUCUGAAGAUAAGGAAAUUAGACAAGAAGGCAAAAAACUUAUAGAUUGGUGUGAAAGGAGAACGAUGAUGAUCAUGAAUGGCAGAGCUGAAGGAGACGAGGAAGGAAAAAUAACAUGUGUAGGACAUGGUAUGGGACUGGGAAGUGUACUUGACUUAGUACUGAUUAAAAUGGAAGAAGAAAACAUACCAGAAUGGUUCAAGGGACUAAAGAUAUCUCCACAGGAAGGCUCCGAUCAUCUAAUGGUAUUUUACAGAUUAGACUGGGGAGACCCAAGGAGAGAAGAGAACACAGAGAAUCUGAGGAAGAGAACUAAAUAUAAACUCCGAUGGAAAGCGGCUAGAAGAGAGGAAUACAAAGAAGUGAGUGACAAAAUAUGGGAGAAAAUUAAAGAAGAAACAGUAGCAGCUAUGGAAGGAAUAGAGGACUCUAUUAGCAUAGAAACGAAGUGGCAGAAAAUUAAACAGAUAAUUAAUGAAACGGCAGAAAAAGUAAAUAUGACGUCAAAAGGAAACUACGCUAGAACGUUUGAAGAUGGAUGGGACAAUGGUCAAUAUCGAACAAUGAGGAAGAAACUUUUUAAAAAAUUACACGUUUUUAGAAAGAAAAGGGAUUGGAGCAGCAAAAUGGAAUAUUUGACAUGCAGGAAAGAAACUGCAAAACUACGAAAGGAACUAAUAAAAAAGUGGAUAGAUGACAAACAGAAACAGGUGCAAGAAAGCAAAAAUUUGUCGGAAUGGUGGAGAGCGAUGAGUUGGUUCAGAAAGAAACGGAAAUGUAUAGAAAAUAAUAUUAGUGGAAGAGAAUGGCAGGCACACUUUGAGAACUUGUUGAAUGAGCAACCUGAGGGGAUUGAAGAAAUGGAAAGAGAGGGAAAAAGAGAAGAACCAAGAGAGGACGGGAUGGCAGAAGAAUCAGAAGCUUUAAAUAAACCUCUGGAAUUUGAAGAAGUGCAGAAGGCUAUGGGAAAAUUGAAGGCAGGAAAAGCAGCAGGAGAGGACGGCAUUACAACGGAAUUUUUGACAAACCUGUCUGAUAACGGUAAAGAAGAGCUGUAUAACUUAAUUAAAGAAAUCUGGGAAAAAGGAGAAAUUGUGCAGGAUUGGAGAAUGGCAAUUAUCUUCCCUAUUUACAAGAGUGGGGACGAGAAUCAAGUAGGCAAUUAUAGAGGGAUCUCUCUACUUGAUAUUGGAUAUAAGAUCCUGGCUACAAUAAUGGCUAGUAGGUUAGGAGCGUGGCUAGAAGAACAAAAUAAACUGACGGAGGCGCAAGGGGGCUUCAGAAGCAAAAGAGGAGCGGCAGAACAUAUUUUUGUUUUAAACACAUUGAUAGGCAAUAGACUAAGGCGAAAGGGCGGCAAACUAUACACAUGUUUUGUUGAUUUCAAAAAAGCUUUUGACAGAGUUAAUAGAAAGAAAUUGUGGAAAAAGAUGGAAGAUAUGGGAAUUAAAGGAAAAUUCUUAGAAGUAACGAAAGAGAUUUAUAGAACAACUUGGAACGGAAUUCUAAUAGAUGGGGAGGUGACAGGAAAGUUUGAAACAAAUAACGGGGUACGCCAGGGCUGUCCACUAAGUCCAAUACUUUUCAACAUCUUUAUAAACGAUCUGGAGGAAACGCUGACUGAAAAGAAGGAAGGAGGAACGGCGGUAGGAUCAGGCUCAAAUCAUGGAGUGAAAAUAUUUGUACUCAUAUACGCUGAUGACGUGGUGCUGUUAGCGGAAGACGGCCAGGAACUGGAAAGGAUGCUGAAGACUUUAGAAAGGUGGUCGGAUGAAAACCAGCUGGAAGUGAACACGGACAAAACGAAGAUUUUGGUCUUUAGUAAUGGAGGCAGGAGAAGUAAAAAAGAGUGGAAGUAUAAAGAAGUGCAAUUGGAAAUUGUACAAAAGUUUAAAUAUCUGGGUUUUUGGUUCACUACCAAGAAUAGUUACAAAGCACAUAUAAAUAAGGCAAUAGGAAAGACGCAACUGCUGAUAAAUAAAGUCUGGGGGGAGACUAUGAGGGCGGGAAUCACUGACUUAAGAAGGAAACUCUACUUUAUGGAUUCAACAGUGAAAGCAGGAGCUAUGUACGGUGUAGAACUGUGGGGUUGGAGCAGACGAGAGGAAUUGGAGAGGUUGCAGGGAAAAUAUACUAAAAUGAGUAUGGGUUUAGCAAAGAACACGCCAGACUAUAUCUGGAAGCUCGAGGCAGGAAGAAGGAGCAUUGAGAUCGAAGCAUUUAAAAGAUCGAUCAACUUCAUGAUAAAAAUAUACAAAAUGGAAGAAAACAGGUGGGUAAGGAAGUGUCUGAUGGAAGAAAUUAGGGCAAUUAAGAACAACAAUCCAUCCAAGUGGGGGAAAGAUUUGGAACGGUGCUUGAAGAGUCUAGGAGACGGUCAGAUUAUUAAUCAACUGUGGGAUAGGAAACCAGUGGAGGAAGUCGAGGCAAGAGUUAGGCAGCUAAUUAAAGUUAAAUUGGAACAAGACGUACAAACGGACUGGUCAAAGGUGGAUAAAUCGUCCUUUUGUGAAUAUUACAAAUCAAUUAAAGAAGGAAUAAACAUGGAGGUAUAUUGGGGGAGGAAAGAUAUGUCAAAAAGUCAAAAAGAGGGCUGGGCUAGAUGGAGAUGUGGAAAUGCAAUAAAAGAAGAGAAAAAGGGCUUUUCAGAUAGAUCCUGCAGAGGGUGCAGGUCGGAAAAAGAAGUUUUGGAACACGUAGUCCAAUGUGAUACCGUUCUCCAAGAGCUAAAAGCAGACUCCAAAACAUGGUGGCAAGAUUGGAGAGGCAAAAGUGCAAAGGAACUUUGGAGGAGUAGACUAAUUGAGGGAUUGAAAGGCAAUUGUGAUAAAAACCUGUGUAAGAAUCUAAAUGAACUAGAAACAAUUUUACGUAAGAGAGUAUUAAUGUAA